CUUUUAAAAUUAUUUCAGCUAAAGAGUGCUUAGAGAAAUAUGUAAUACUAAACCAAAGUGAACGAACAAGUACACUAAGUUUACUGUUUUUGUCGAGCAGUGUCAAAGAUGGCGGUCAAGCUGCUGCACAUCAUUUUCAUGUUCGCUGUUUAUAAAGUAUCUAACACACUUUCGAUAAAUGAUAUGCUACGAUUUGGGUCUAGUUACACUGGAAGUGCUACGGAGAGGACGGUCAACGUGCACAAUAUGUUUUCUAAUGCCACUCUUCUCGAUGCAUAUGCUCAACUAAUCGUACCAUCAUCGUUUUCAAAUUUGAUGGUAUUGGGAGCAAACUUAGGGAAGAAUAUUUACAUCAACUACAACGGUCACCUGACAUUUGGAUCCAGUUUUAAUAAUUUCUCACCAGAGCAACUAAAUACUACGGGUCGCAAUAUCAUAGCUGUCUAUUAUUCUGAUAAUGACUUGAGACGAUCAAAUGGCCUCCUUCAUUAUCGCUUCACUACUGAUAGUACAGACUUGUCAACUGCUAAUAUCUUGAUCAGGAGGGAGGGAUUUUCGUCAUUCAGUGCACAAUAUUGCAUUGUUGCAACAUGGGAGAACGUGAAGUAUUACAUACGAGAUGCACCUGAUCGUGCAAAUCCAAAUUUUCAACAGGAAAACACUUAUCAAGUGGUUGUUUGCACCGAUGGUACUCAAGGUCAUACGAUUUUUCACUACAAUAAGCUGCAGUGGUCUCGCAGUCAAGACACAUCGACAAAGCAAGCGCGAGCUGGGUGGUACUUGCCGACAUCAACUAGCGACCAAUACCGAUACUUUCCUCUUCCAAACACAGGCACCGCUGAGAUUGUUCGGCUGACUGACGCAAGCAAUAUUAGACAGCCGCAAGUGAAUGGUAGAUGGAUGUUAUCAUUACCUAGAGUUGGUGUAUGUGCAACAAAAGCGGACGGUGUAUAUGCAUCAAAUUGUACAUCCUAUUACAUAUGCUGCGGUAGAAAUGUGGAAAGAAUAGGAUUCUGUCCGAGCGGUACCGUGUAUCAUCCCUUUACUGGAUAUUGUGUUGAAAGCAGAUUGUACCCAUGUGGAGCUGGAGCUGUCAACUUCUGCGACGGAAGAACAGACGGUCGCUACGCAAACACUGGCACAGUAGCACUUAAUGAUUUUUAUGAGUGUAAAAGUCAACUCACGCGGGAACUAACGUGCCCACCUGGCAUCACAUUCAACACUGGUAAUCCGCGAUGUAGCCGAUAGACAGAAAAAUUAAAAGGCUCUGGAAUAUAUAUUGUCGAAUAUUCUUGUAAUGACACUUGAACUUAAAUUCGCACACUUUUUAUGAUAAUUUCUCUAAUUUUUUUUAAAUAGCGAACUAUUUUUAUUUUAGCCCUUCUCUUGCGAGUUUGUCAAAUAAGAAUUCAAAAGUGCCAUGUACGUACUGUUGUAUAGCAACGACACACCUCGCUCGCAACAAACAAAAUUUUGAGGGGCGAAAAAAAAUCUUGUCCGGUGCAUUAUGUAAAAAAAGGGACGGUCAAAAACGGACAAGCACCUUCUGGACGUAAAAAAUGUUUUGUCCGUUUUUUUUGUCUUUUCAUGUUGAUUACACAUUUGUUACAAAAUAUUCAGUUUUUUUUUAAACAAUAAAAUUUCUAAACUAUUCUAAAAUAUCUGUAUUUUGUUCCCCACGACUUUUUUCUUCCAACUUUAACCGCUUGGCUGCAAGUUUUUCCAUAUGACGAUCCAACCCUUCUAAAGAAAACAACUGAAAAGUUU